AUGGGACCAAAGAAAGCCAGCAAUACUACCAAAAGAAACAAAAGAAACUCAGUUAUUUGCCAAUACACACCACCUCCUCCAAGUCGAAGUCCACAAGGUCAAGAAGGCAAAAAGUCUGUUCCUACAGUCAGCCUAUUAGGAUCUCAAGGUAGCUGGACUUACGACAAAGAGCUAGUACUACUUCAAAAGUAUGCUAGGAUAUUUCCUCCUACCUGCCCCAGAGGAAGUAUGUCAAGUGAAUGGCAAAAAGGCAUCAACACAGUCAAUGCUGUAGCACCCAAUGACAAACCUCUACAGUAUGAUGCAUGUUGGCGCAAGGUUCAUUUCAAUGAAAACAAAGAAACCUAUUUAUCUGGAAUUAACCAAUACAGAAGUCCAAUUGAAAAGGCGGCAAUUCAGGAACUGGAAUAUGACGUGAUGAAGGCAAGAAAGAAGGAUUUUAUCCAAAAGAAAGAGGUUGUGAAGAACGAGUUGGAGAGGUUGAUGCAGACGAGAUCCUCUGCUGGGUGGGAACACAGAAAACAAUUGAACAGAGAGGAACGUGAUGAGCCAAUGAACAUGGUCACACACAACAGAGGUGCAACCAUUGAGAGCAAAGAUAGCAUCAUGGAAGACUCGACUGGCACUGUUAGUGAUGAUGAACACGAGGCCAUAUAUGAUAUGUAUAUAGACAAGCAAACACAAUUUUGGCAGAAGAUGCUCGAGUCUUUAAGCUCACAAAAGGAGUAUCAAGAAAAGAUGCUUUGA